CAUACGUAUACAUACAUGUAUACGUGCUUGAAUCCAUAUUUACGAAGUAGAUUUGAACUGUGUAACACUGGUAGCACAUUAAUCACAAGUACAAAAAAAGGAGAAGUGUUCUACUUUAAUCAAAACUCGAUUGGCGACAUAUUUUAUCAACGUAUAACACAUGAAAACACAUUGGACAAAUAUUCUCCCAUAAAUAGCAAAUCUUGUUAUGCAUUAAAUAUGUGGGUAAAAGCUUUAUCAGCUCAAGCCGAGCCGUUAGUACCUCUGACAUUUUCCAACAAAUGUAACAUGGGACAUAUAUAUGAAAAUUUUACGAAUAAAAAGCUUUGUUUAAAAUCUAAUAAAAAGGAUGCAAACGACUUUUUUGAGCCAUCCUGGAAGCAAUCGUUGGCUACAUUAGGAUCGUACAUUGAUUUAUUAGCACCAGAACUUCUUGCAGUUUGGAAAAUACGUGAAGAAGUACCAGUACCUAAAACUGCAGGAACCCAUCAAAAAGUUUGGAACUGGUUGGAAUCGUCGACUUCGAAUUAUCCUAUGACUCAAUUACAGGACGAUUCUGAAUACAUAUCUACAUUUAACACUCAAGAAUUAAUUAGCAUUUCUCAAGAACAAGAUGUUGUAUAUAUUGAAGAUGACAAUGUGUUACAAUAAAAACUGUCAAUGAAACUAAAAUUUUAAAAGUUAGUAAAUAAAAGCACAUUUAAAUAA